AUGGCCGCGGCGGCGGCGGGUGGAGCCCCGGGCCCGUCCUCCGGCCCCGGCCCCGGCCCCGGCCCGGGGCCCGCCGCCAGGGCCGCGCCGCCGGCGCUGCGGAGGCGCGGGGAUUCGCGGCGCCGCCAGGCCGCGCUUUUCUUCCUCAACAACAUCUCCCUGGACGGGCGGCCCCCGAGCCUGGGCCCGGUCGGCGAGAAUCCCCCGCCCCCGCCGCCGCCGCCCGCAGAGGCCCGCGAGCCGCCCGCGCCGCCGCCGCCACCGCCGGGGCCUGAGCCCGCGCCCCCCGCCCCGCCCGGCCCUCCCGGAACUGUGGGCAGGGCCUCGGCGCCCCAGAGCCUGCUCAGCCCCGCGCCCCCUCCCGCGCCCGCCGGCCUCGGCCUGGACGCGCAGCGCCACAGAAGGCGAGUCGCCUCCCAGCGCUGCUCCCUGGAGUUCCUGGAAGACACGGUGGGAGGCCCCCCAGUUCCAAGAACCAAGCACAUGCCCGGGUCCCCCAGACACAAGGGCCUGAAGAAGACUCACUUCAUCAAGAACAUGCGGCAGUAUGACACCAGGAACAGCAGGAUUGUGCUGAUCUGCGCCAAGCGGUCCCUGUGUGCGGCCUUCUCCGUCCUGCCUUAUGGAGAGGGCCUGCGGGUCAGCGACCUGAGGGCGGACAGCCAGAAGCAGAGGCACCCGUCGGGCGGCGUGUCCGUGUCUUCCGAGAUGGUCUUUGAGUUGGAAGGCGUGGAGCUGGGAGCAGAUGGAAAGGUCGUGUCCUACGCCAAGUUCCUGUACCCCACCAACGCCCUGGUCACACAAAAGACCGACGGCCACGGCCCCGCGCCCCCGCCCCGGCCCAGCGUGCCCCGCGCUCUGCCUGCGUCGAGAUACAAACCUGCCGCUGCCAAGCCAGCGCCCGCCACCACGGAGCUAGGGGGGGACACGGGGGACACGCUGGAGUACAACCCCAACCUGCUGGACGACCCUCAGUGGCCCUGCGGCAAGCACAAGCGGGUCCUCAUCUUCGCGUCCUACAUGACGACGGUGAUCGAGUACGUGAAGCCCUCCGACCUCAAGAAGGACAUGAACGAGACGUUCCGGGAGAAGUUCCCGCACGUCAGACUGACGCUGAGCAAAAUCAGGAGUUUGAAACGCGAGAUGCGCAACCUCUCUGAGGAGUGCAACCUGGAGCCCGUGACCGUGUCCAUGGCCUACGUGUACUUUGAGAAGCUCGUCCUGCAGGGCAAGCUCAACAAGCAGAACCGCAAGCUGUGCGCGGGCGCUUGCGUGCUCCUGGCCGCCAAGAUCAGCAGCGACCUCCGCAAGAACGAAGUGAAGCAGCUCAUCGACAAGUUGGAAGAAAGGUUUCGGUUCAACAGACGGGACCUGAUUGGGUUCGAGUUCACAGUGCUCGUGGCCUUGGAGCUCGCGCUCUAUCUCCCCGAGAGCCAGGUGUUACCUCAUUACAGGCGCCUCACGCAGCAGUUCUAGCGGAGGACGCGGCCCAGGCCGCCCCGGGGCCGUUCCCAGGCAGCGAAGUGCACC